CACGUCUUUCCAGCAUCUUUUUUCUAAUUUUCUCCUUAUUUCCUCUUACAUCAGCACACAAUGGAUAAACUUGUUGCCCAAUACUCGCGCCCUCCCCAUCAGAAUGAGAUGUACUCAGAGCAAGAGCAGCAGGACCUCACUGCCAGCGUCCCUCCACUCUCGCUGAAGUUCAGCCUUCCUCCUGUCGACAACCACUCUGCUUUCCUGCGUGCCAUGACCGAUGACCACUCCAAUCCCAGCUGUCCUAUCAAGCUCGCUCACGGCACAACAACCCUGGCCUUCCGGUUCCAGGGCGGUAUCAUCGUGUGUACCGAUUCGCGAGCAACAGCCGGUAACUGGAUUGCCAGUCAGACAGUCAAGAAGGUCAUUCCUGUAUCGCGGUUGAGUCGGGGCGAGGACAAGAAAUCGAACGAGCCGACGCCAGGUCUUCUGGGAACCAUGGCCGGUGGUGCAGCUGAUUGCCAAUAUUGGUUGCGGUAUUUGAGUCAGCAGUGCACUCUGCAUGAAAUCCGACACAAGCGCCGUAUCACUGUUGCGGCCGCGUCUAAGAUUCUUGCCAACCUCACUUACGCCUACAAGGGAUACGGACUUAGCAUGGGAACUAUGUUAGCAGGAAUGACGCCCCAAGAAGGACCCGCCCUGUACUACAUCGACUCCGACGGCACCCGCCUCCCCGGUAACCUGUUCUGUGUUGGAUCCGGUCAGACUUUCGCUUAUGGUGUGCUGGACGCCGAGUACAAAUACGAGCUGACUGAGGAGGAGGCAUUGAACCUCGGCCGCCGAGCCAUUCUGGCUGCCAUGCACCGUGAUGCCUACUCCGGUGGUUUCAUUAACCUGUACCACGUCAAGGAAGAGGGAUGGGUGCACCACGGAUUCGAUGACAUGAACCCUAUCUUCUGGGACACGAAGCUCCAGAAGGGCGAGUUCUCCAACGUGACAUCUGCGUUGUAAACGGGCUAGAGGAAUGAAUUUGUGUAUGUAAACCGAGGACCUGUGAAUUGCCUUUUCCGGUUAGCUUUGCCUUUUUAGGUUGAGCGCCCUAAUACACCGUCACGUAAUAAUA